AUGCCAUCCUCCAUCAUGUCAGGCCUCCUCCUGCUGGCAGGCCUGUGCUGCCUGGUACCAGCCUCCCUGGCUGAGGGUCUCCAGGGAGAUGCUGCGCAGGACACAGAUGCAUCCAGGCACGACCAUGGCUCAGCCAGUUACACGAUUUCCCCGAACCUGGCUGACUUCGCUUUCAGUCUCUACCGCCAGGUGGCCAAUCAGUCCAAAACCACCAAUGUCUUCUUCUCCCCAGUGAGCAUCGCUACAGCCUUUGCCAUGCUCUCCUUGGGGGCCAAGGGUGAGACUCACACCCAGAUCCUGGAGGGUCUAGAUUUCAACCUCACUGAGAGAGCAGAGGCUGACAUCCACAGAGGCUUCCAGGGUCUCCUCCAUAUCCUCAACCAGCCAGACAACCAGCUGCAGCUGACCACCGGCAAUGGCUUAUUCCUCGAUGACAGUGUGAAGCUAGUGGAUAAGUUUUUGGAGGAUGUCAAGAAAAUAUAUCAUUCAGAAGCCUUCUCCGUCAACUUUAAGGACUCCAAGGAAGCCAAGAAAAAAAUCAACGAUUAUGUAGAGAAGGGAACCCAAGGAAAAAUUGUGGAUCUGGUCAAAGACCUUGACAAAGACACAGUUUUGGCUCUGGUGAAUUACAUCUUCUUUAAAGGUAAGUGGAAGGCUAACUUUGAGGCUGAGGGUAUAGCAAAAGGAGACUUCCAUGUGGACAAGGAGACCACAGUACAGGUGCCCAUGAUCUACCGCGCGGGCAUGUUUGAAGCAAUGCAAGACAGGGAGAUCUCCUCCUGGGUGCUAUUGCAGCGCUACAGGAACAGAUUCUGCGCCUACCUGAUCCUGCCCGACCCAGGGAAGAUGCAGGAGCUGGAAGCCACAGUCUCUGAUGGUCACCUCCGCAGGAUCUACGCAACCAUGGACAAACGACAUGUCAAUUUAUAUUUGCCCAAAUUGUCCAUUUCUGGAACCUACGAUCUUAAAAAUGUGCUGGGCAAAAUGGGCAUCACCAAGGUCUUCAACAACGCAGCUGAGCUCUCGGGGAUCAGUGAGGAAACACCCCUGAAGCUGUCCAAGGCCCUGCACAAGGCCGUGCUGACCCUAGACGAGAAAGGGACAGAAGCUGCCGGGGCCACAUCCCUGCACGCCAUGCCAAUGUCACUUCCCCCGGAUGUCAAGUUUAACAGGCCCUUCUUCAUGGCCAUUUAUGAUAGAAACACUGAAUGUCUCCUCUUUAUGGGGAAGGUAGUGGAUCCCACCCAAAAAUAA